AUGGAGGGACCGAAGGAAAAGGCUGUAUUUAUCUCCUCUGUCGACGUCAGAGGCCCAGUUGAGGAGCUUAAAAAUAGGCUGAACUCGUGGGAUAUGAACUUACCGCAGGACUAUGACCCAGAGAAAAAGUAUAGAAACUCAUGGGCUGAUAAUGAAGAUGGCUUCGAUAAAGAGGAAGAAAACUCGCCAUAUGAAGAGGUUCGAGCAGCCGUUCCCAACUACGACGAAGACGUGCCAGCAAAUACAAUUCGUGCCUGGACUCUUGGAUUGAUAAUGGCUAGUUUCGGGGCCAGCAUCAAUACUUUGUUUUCUUUGCGUCAACCUGCAAUCGCCAUAGGGACUAUCGUUGCGCAACUGGUUUCAUUUGCCAUCGGAAAAGCUUGGGAGAGAAUUCUGCCAAACAGGCAAUUUACUACGAUGGGAAUUAAGUGGAACUUGAAUCCGGGCCCUUUUAAUGUCAAAGAACACAGUGUCAUUGUCGUUAUGGCUGGUGUCUCCUUUGGAACGGCAUACGCGACCGAUAUCAUUCUAGCUCAGGUUGCAUUCUAUAAACAAAAUUUCGGGAUUGCUUUCCAGCUAUUGCUUACUAUCACAACACAAUCAAUAGGAUAUGGUAUUGCAGGACUUCUUCGGAAAUUUCUGGUUUAUCCAGCGGCUAUGAUCUGGCCAACGAAUUUGGCUAGUGUUACGUUGAUGCAUGCUAUGCACGAAAAGUUCGAAGCUCCAGACCCUACAGUUUUUGGUGGAUCAAUGUCUCGUUAUCGAUGGUUCGGUGUUGUGUUUUUGGCCUCAUUCAUCUAUUACUUCAUCCCAGGCUUCCUUGCACAAUUCUUGUCAAUUUUUGCGUUCAUGACUUGGAUAUAUCCUCAAAAUCCUGUCAUCAAUCAGUUGUUUGGGGGAAGUACUGGAGUUUCGCUUAUUCCCAUAACUUUUGACUGGACCCAGAUAACAGGUUUUGUUGGCGAUCCAUUGAUUCCACCCUGGCACGCCAUAGCAAACACGCUUGUUGGCGUUGUCCUUUUUAACGUCAUUGGGGCGAUCGCCUUGCAUUUUGGUGGGGCUUGGUACGCGCGAUAUCUACCAAUAUCGGAUUCAGGUACCUACGAUCAUUUCGGUCUUGCAUACAAUACGACGAGAAUUGUCACGGAAGAUCUAACACUGAACGAGACUGCCUAUCGCGAGUAUUCUCCUCUCUUUAUCUCAACCACAUUUGCAAUUUCGUACGGACUUUCAUUCGCGACAAUUGCGUCCCUGGUGGUUUAUUGCUAUUUACAUUAUCGACACGAGAUUAUACGCCAAUUCAAAGCAUCGCGUGAUGAAAAACCAGACAUCCACAUGAAGCUAAUGCUCAAAUAUCCCGAGGCUCCCACUUGGUGGUACGGCAUAAUGUUCAUCGUCAUGCUUGCUCUGUCUCUAGUGACAGUUUUGGCUUGGAAAACUGAAUUUGCGUGGUGGGCCUUUCUCAUCGCCGUCGCAUUUUCAACUAUCAUGACGCUCCCAAUUGGCAUUGUACAGGCAAUCACAAAUCAACAGAUUGGGCUUAAUGUUAUCACUGAGUUUUUAAUGGGCUAUAUGCAGCCGGGGAAACCGCUUGCAUUGAUGAUGUUCAAAACGUAUGGAUACAUUACUGCAUCGCAAGCUCUUGGGUUUAUAGGUGACCUAAAAUUUGGACAUUAUAUGAAGAUCCCACCACGGACUAUGUUUACUGCCCAAGUGGUCGCAACUAUUCUCUCUUGUUUCAUACAAAUCUUCGUACUUAACUUUGCACUUAAUAACAUUGAGGGGAUUUGCACCACUACCCAAGCGCAACGCUUCACCUGUCCAGGUGGGAAGGUCUUUUUCAGCGCUUCAAUCAUUUGGGGUCUGCUCGGCCCACAGAGGAUCUUCUCACCUGGCCAAGUGUACAGUGCGUUGCUGAUAAUGUUCCCUAUUGGCGCAGCUCUGCCGUUAGUAUUAUGGUAUGCACAGAAACGAUGGCCCAGAAGCUUUUUGCAAUAUGCUAUGGCACCUAUAAUACUCGGCGGAGCAGGAAGCAUCCCGCCUGCAACUCCAUUAAAUUAUCUUAGCUGGGGUAUCGUGGGGUUCAUAUUCCAAAAGGUGAUCAGAAAUAGACACUUCAAUUGGUGGUCUAGAUUAAAUUAUUUGACGGCUAGCGGUCUCGAUACUGGACUAGCUAUUAGCACUUUGGUAAUCUUCUUCGUCUUCACCAUGAACGAUAUCAGUGCUCCUAAGUGGUGGGGCAAUGACGUUGUGUCGACAACCAUGGAUCAACAACAGACGGCCAUCCAAGCAACCCCGGCACCGGGCACAUUUUUUGGGCCAAAAACUUGGUGAUAGACAUGGUUCAGUACC